AUGUCCGCACCAGGAAAGCAGUACAAGACUAUCGGCGAGGAUGUGUGGAAGCGCGCCGACAAGGUCAACGCCGAGCUCUUCUCGCUCACGUACGGCGCCCUCGUCGUCCAGCUCAUCAAGGACUACGAAGACUACGGCGAGGUGAACAAGCAGCUCGAGAAGAUGUACGCCCGCGUCCGCGCUCCCUCCGUCUCUACCUUUCUCCCACUAACCAGUCGCAGGGGAUACAACAUGGGCACGCGCCUCGUCGAGGACUUCCUCGCGCGCACAGGACUGCAGCGGUGCAACACGUUCGCCGAGACGGCCGAGGUCGUCGCCAAAGUGGCCUUCCGCGCCUUCCUCAACAUUGCCCCGACCGUCUCGUUCCCCCCGCCCGCACCGUCUGCGGCGGGCGUGGGCGCCGGCGCGGGUGCCGCCGCUGUCCCCGUCCCGGCCACGGCGACCGAGUUUGUGCUCACGUUCGAGGAGAACCCCCUGGCCGAGUUUGCAGAGCUGCCGCGCGACGCACGGGAGGGCGGCCUGUGGUUCUCGAAUGUGUAUGCCGGUGUGGUGCGGGGUGCGCUCGAGAUGAUCCAGAUGCAGGUCGAGACGCGGUUCCUGUCCGACACGCUGCGCGGCGACGACUCGACAGAGCUCUGGGUCCGGCUGGUCCGAAUCCUCGACGAGGAGCAGCCUGAGAACGACGAGUAG